GGCUGGCUCCGGGAGGCUGGAGCUGCCCGGGAUCCGCUCCGCGGCCUCCGCCGCCCGCCCUGCGGCCUGAGCCUCCGCCGCCAUCGCCACCGCCAUCACCGCCAUCACCGCCAUCGCCAUCGGGAGCUUUUUGGCCGCCGUCCGCGCCGUAGGAAAUAAAGGCCCGAAUGCGGAAGUGCCGCGCUCAUUUCCGGUUGGAGCAACCGAAGCCGGGCUGGAACCAUGCCUCGCAAGAUUGAGGAGAUCAAGGAUUUCCUGCUGACGGCGCGGAGGAAGGACGCCAAGUCUGUCAAGAUCAAGAAGAACAAGGACAAUGUGAAGUUCAAGGUGCGCUGCAGCCGGUACCUCUACACCCUGGUCAUCACCGACAAGGAGAAGGCUGAGAAGCUGAAGCAGUCACUGCCCCCAGGUCUGGCCGUGAAGGAGCUGAAGUGAGCCGGGAUCAGCUGGGUACCUGUUGGAUUCUCUGUGUUUGUUAAAAUAAAUAAAAAACUGUUCGAAAUGUCA